UCUUCUGUUCUUCACUUCCUCCAUGGCUUCUUCUCAAGCUCUUACUGCCGCCAUAGCCAACCAGUCCCAGUUCUUCCUUCUCAUGCAAACAACUGCCUCAGGUGACCUCCUCUCCAAUUGGGAUCUUUCACAAGGAAAAUCCUUCUGCAACUUCACUGGAAUCCGCUGCAAUGACCGUGGUCACGUCGUUCGGAUCGAUAUCUCCGGCCACCCUCUCUCCGGUACCUUCCCGGACGAUGUAUGCUCUUACCUGCCAUCACUCAGAGUUCUUCGCCUCGCUGAUACCGGAUUGUCGGGGCGUUUUCCCUCAGGAAUCACCAACUGCUCUCUCAUUCAAGAGCUUGACUUGAGUUCUCUAUAUCUCAAUGGAACAAUCCCGGACUUAUCGCAAAUGAAACAACUCCGUGUACUCGAACUCUCCUACAAUUCGUUCACCGGAGAUUUCCCCAUGUCGGUUUUCGACCUUGUUAAUCUCGAGAUACUGAAUUUCAACGAGAAUUAUAAUCUCAACUUAUGGAAAUUACCUGAGAAGAUCUCUAGAUUGAAGAAGCUGAAAUCUAUGGUGUUGACAACAUGUAUGUUGGAUGGAGAAAUCCCUCGAUCGAUCGGGAAUAUGACGUCGCUUAUUGAUCUCGAACUAAGUGGGAACUUUCUCAAGGGAGAGAUUCCAAAAGAAAUCUCCUUGCUCAAGAACCUGCAACAACUUGAACUCUAUUACAAUGAACUCACAGGAAACAUACCAGAAGAGCUCGGAAAUCUAACCGAGCUCGUCGACGUCGACAUGUCGGUGAACCUUUUGACAGGGGAGAUUCCGGAAUCUAUAUGCAAACUCCCUAAGCUUAAAGUUCUACAGAUUUACAACAAUAGCCUAACAGGAGAGAUUCCAAGUGUAUUAGCUAACUCAACAACACUAACUAUGCUAUCACUUUAUGACAAUUUUCUUACAGGACAGAUUCCACAAAAGUUGGGGAAGUUCUCACCUAUGGUCGUCGUCGACUUGUCGGAGAAUCGCCUGUCGGGGGCAUUGCCAUUGGAUAUAUGCAGAGGAGGGGAAUUGCUCUACUUUCUUGUUCUUCAAAACAGCCUUUCCGGAGAAAUUCCGGCGAGUUUUGCUGAAUGCCGGUCACUUUUAAGGUUUAGAAUUAGUUUCAAUCAGCUGGUCGGAGCAAUUCCUGAAGGUGUUCUUGGUCUCCCCCAUGUUUCAAUCAUUGAUGUUGCUCAUAAUAACCUCACUGGUUCCAUUUCAAAUUCAAUCUCACAGGCUAGAAACUUGUCGGAAUUGUUCUUACAAAAAAACAGGAUUUCUGGAGUUAUCCCGCCGGAGAUUUCAGCAGCCACCAAUCUGGUGAAGCUAGAUCUUAGUAACAAUCUUCUCUCCGGCGCAGUGCCGCCGCAGAUUGGUAGCCUGAAGAAGCUAAAUCUGGUGAUGUUACAAGGAAACCAAUUGAAUUCUUCAAUCCCUAGUUCAUUGACAUCGUUAAAAUCCCUCAAUGUUCUUGAUCUCUCAAACAAUCGUUUAUCCGGGAAAAUCCCAGAAAGUUUGGGUAAAUUGUUCCCAAGUUCCUUGAAUUUCUCGAACAAUCAACUUUCCGGUCCGAUUCCGAUGUCUUUGAUCAAACAAGGGUUAGCCGAUAGCUUCUCCGGCAACCCAAAUCUCUGUCUUCCACCGGCGUAUUUCAUUUCAUCGGAUCAGAAAUUCCCCAUUUGUUCACAAAUUUCCUUGAAAAAACGUCUAGAUUUCAUCUGGGUAAUCGUAAUUCCGUUGCUUAUUUUCUUCACCGGCGCCGUUCUGUUUCUAAAACGAACAAAAUCACCAGAGAUCGAAAACGAUGAAACCCUCUGUUCGUCGUUCUUCCAUAAACAGAGCUUCGACCAAAACAGGAUUCUCGAAUCCAUGGCGGAAAAGAACAUCAUCGGCCAUGGCGGAUCGGGAACGGUUUACAAAAUCGAACUCGGAAACGGAGAAAUCGUCGCCGUGAAAAGACUAUGGAAUCGAAGAACGAAACAUUUCUUCGACAAGGAAUUGAAAACAGAGGUCGAAACCCUAGAAACUAUCAGACAUAAGAACAUCGUGAAACUCCACAGCUACUUUUCCGGUCGAAAUUGCAGCCUUCUGGUUUACGAAUACAUCCCAAACGGAAACCUAUGGGACGCCCUUCAUAAAGGGUGGGUUUAUCUCGAUUGGCCGACGCGCCGCCGCAUCGCGGUGGGGAUCGCGCAAGCCCUCGCCUAUCUCCACCACGAUCUCUCGCCGCCCGUAAUCCACAGAGACAUCAAAACCACAAACAUUCUAUUAGAUGGAAAUUACGAACCCAAAGUAGCAGAUUUCGGCAUAGCCAAAGUUCUUCAAGGAACCAAAGGUUCAACGAACUCUGUAAUCGCUGGAACAUACGGCUACUUAGCUCCCGAAUAUGCAUAUUCAUCGAAGGAGACAACGAAGAGCGACGUGUAUAGCUUUGGGGUGGUGUUAAUGGAGCUGAUCACCGGGAAGACGCCGAUUGCGGCGGAGUACGGCGAGAACAAGAACAUUGUGUUCUGGGUUUCGAAUAAAAUGGACACAAAAGAAGGGGUUCUUGAGAUUCUUGACAAGAGAUUAAAAGGGUUGUUCAUGGAUGAGAUGAUUAAGGCCUUGAGGAUCGCCAUUCGCUGCACUUACAAGAAUCCAGCGCUCCGACCCGCCAUGGGAGAGGUGGUUCAGCUUCUCCAAGAGGUCAAAAAGGGCGAAGAUACGUAUGAUGUCACUCAAAUAAAGUACCCUUUUUGAGUCCAAAAUCUAAGGAUGAACCCUUUUUUCCCUUUUUUAUGUAUGAAUUAAUUAUAAUAUAUGAUACGAUAAUCAUUUGGAGUAAAUGAUUCGAACGUCUGAUCUUUCCGUGGAUAUAAAAUUUGUUCUCUUUUACUCGUU